AUGAGCAGCGGGGGAACAGACCUCAUGGUGCUCUACCAAUGGACCAUCGGCGUUCCCUGCCGCACUCACGACGCCAACCCUCUCCCGCUCUCCGGCCUCCUCCCCUGGCGCCAGCACGGGCCCUUCUCCUUCCAUCUCCCGCCCUCCUCCGCCUCCGCCGCUGCUCUCUCCUUCCCGCCGCAAGGCGUGGCUCUGCACCUCCUGCUGCUCGAGGGCAGCGGGGCGGACAGCGGCGGCACGUCGUCCGGCUUCGUUUCCGGUCCCGCAGCUGCCUAUGUGACGUCCGUGCCUGGAGCUGCGUCCGUGUCUGUGCCUGGGGGUACAUCUGCGCUGGGAGAUUUUUCAUUGUCUGCCAAGGCAGCAGCGGUGGUGGAAGACGGAGCGCUGACGUCUGCGGCAGCGGCAGUGGGGAGCAUCGAUGUGGACCUGGUCACGGUGGCUCCCAGAGGCACAGCGGCCUCCGCCCCUCCGUCCUUCUCCUACUCCCGAUUGAACUCCUCUCCCCUCCUCACCUCCGGCUCAGCCCGCCUCCUCCCCUCCUCGCUGCGCCUCACCCCCCUCUCUCCCCCACACCAAGCGGGCCUUGCCCUGCACCCCACGCCCUUCCCCCUCGUCUCCCCCGCCACCCCCACCUCCCCCUGCCGCCCCUACUCCUUCUCCUCCUCCUUCUCCUUCCGCCUCUCCUCAACCAACCCCGCUGCUCUCGGGGCCGACGGCUUUGCUUUCGUUCUCCUGCCCGACCCGACCGUCGGGCUGCCCGGGCCAAACAUGGGAUACGGGAGGAGGCCGUACAGGCAGGAGGAGGCUCCUUUGGAUCCUGGAGGGGGAGGAUCCGAUGGGGGUGGAGGUGAGUUCUGUGUGGAAGAUGAGAACGGGAUCAUCACAUGCACGCCAAUGGACAGCGGCGGCGGCAUCACCCUCAACAGCAGCCUGCCACAUCUGCACAGUCUGGCAGUGGAGUUUGACACGUCAUCGACGCGUCUGUUUCUGGACCCAACAGUGCAGCACGUGGGGAUCAACGUGGAUUACAGCAUGACCGGGGAGGGUGAGGCGGUGUUGGUGCAUGUGGGGUUUGCUGCUGGCACGGGGCUGCUGCCACUGCACACUCAGACGCACGACAUCCUCUCCUGGUCUUUCCAGGUCGACACUAAAGCGCCGGCGCCUCUCCCCAUAUGGCAGCCGCCGUCGCUCUCCUUGCCCUUCCUCACUCCAGCCGCGCCCUUCACUGCCUCGGGCACAUACACGAGCACGUGCUCGUGCCCUCUCAGCCAGCCCAGCUACAAGCUCCCCCAAAUGCCGGCCUUCCAAACGUGCCACAAUGAGUUCCCUGUAUGUCGCCUUAACAGCACUGACACGUGUGCGCCUGGUGUGUGCCUGGAGGGAUAUGAUGCCACCUCCUUCUGCCUCUGCCCGCCCUCGUUCUUUCCCCUCGACUACUCUAACCUUCUGAGGCGUCCCUGUAACCCAGUGAGCAAGUCCGCUGUUCGAGUGCCCUUCUUCCCAGCGCCCCCCGGCCUCACAUGCCCUCUGCUGCUCGACAUCUUUGACCUCUCACCUCAAGAGCUGCUGGAGAGCAACAAGGGCUUGGCAUGCCACAAGCCCGAUGACACGUGCGCAUCAAUCAACAAACUCAUGGGGACCAACGUAACAGACUUGAACCGUAACAUUAACUGCUCACAACUGAUCAUACCUGGAAAGCGCGUGUGUGUGGAGAACAACGCCAGGUACCCUUCCUCCCCGGUGGCGGCCUGCAACCUGUACAAGACUCUCGACUCCACCGUGCACACGUGCCAGAAGCUCGCCACGCUGCGCCCUGGACGGCACAUCAUGAGCAUCGCAAAGCUCUUCCGAGUCAACCCCGCUCUCUACUGCGACCACCUGCUGCCCGCUGCUGCUGGGUGGACUGACUCUGUUGUUGAUAAGGUGUGCUUGCUAGCGGAUGAGCUCUCAGGAUAUGGAGGGAUGCAGUGCGUGACUAAACGCUUAUACCUCGUGAGGAGAGGAGACACGUGCGGCAAGCUGAUUGCGUCUCGAUACAAGCGGAAAGUGGACCUUUUCCGGUCACUAAAUGGAGGGUUUGACUGUACUGUCUCCUCUUUGUGGGUAGGGAUGCAACUAUGCUUACCAUAA